UGCUCUCUCUCUGUGUCUGAUGCGAGGGUGUGGGUGUGCGAAAGCGCGGAGUGUCCGUGUCCGUGUACCAUAUGUGCGUGCGAGUGCAUGAGAGUUCGAGUGCGUAUGUUAGUUUUGCGGGGCUCACCGCGCGCCGGGCCCGAGCAGCCGCAGCGCGCGGUCGUCCGCGGGGCAGCGUCUGUACGGAUGGCUCCUGAGCGAGCUGAGCGGUGCGAGGUCGACCCGCGCAGGACCGAGCGCGGCGCGCUGGCUGAGGAUGUCCUCCAGGCUCGGCGCGGGCAUGUACGGGAGGCCCGCGUCGGUGAGGGGGAACCCGUCCGCGCCGAAGACGGGCGAAGACUGGCGCGAGUAGCUGGAGGACGGCGACGGGCUGGCGGCGAGGCCCACGGAGCGCGACUGCAAGGGCGAGCCCCAGGAGGACGAGCUCGAGCCGUCCGAGAGCGAGGGGGACAUCGACUGGUGGCUGCGGCGGCUGAGCGCGGGGGACGGAGGGCUGGCGGAGUAGACGUAGUUCUCGGAGUGCGCAUAAGCGUGCGAGUGCGAGUGGCUGGGGGAGAGGAAGGCCAUGCCGGGCGGGAUGGGCGCGGGGGUGUACUCGUCGAUGGCUUCGGGGAGGGCUGGUCCGGAGGGGUCGUCGUCGGGGUUCGGGAUCAUCGUGAGCGUGUCGCUGGGCGGGAACGUCGUUGGCGCGCCCCCGGGUGCGGGGAGCGUGGGGAAGGGUACGGCAGGCAGCUAGGGCGUCGGCGGCGGAUAAGGGUAGUUGAAGGGUUCAUAGGCGUAGCCACUCACCGGAGGCUGCAGCUCGGCGGGGAUUGAGUACUGCGGCGCUCGGUCGGAGGAGGGUGCGGGCGGGAGUGCGGAGACGGGGCCUGGCCAGCCGACGGGCUGC